CCUGCUUCUCCUCCAGUGCUAUGACAGGCAAACUCGUGGAGAAGCUGCCGGGGACCAUGAACACUUUGAUGAACCAGUUGCCUGACAAUCUGUACCCAGAGGAGAUCCCCAACUCUCUGAAUAUCUUCUCCAGCAGCAGCGAGUCAGUGGCUCACUACAACCAGAUGGCUGCAGGGCUUUCCUUCGCUUCUCGGGGCUGUAGUGGGGAGUGGAAGCUGCCAGACAGAGAGGUGGCAGAGAAUGUUAUGGAUAUUGGAUUAGCGAACGAAAAGACCAACCAAGAGCUGUCGUCCUAUUCGGGUUCUUUCCAACCCACCCCUGGCAACAAGACUGUUACCUACCUGGGGAAAUUUGCUUUCGAUUCCCCGUCCAACUGGUGUCAGGAUAAUAUUAUCAGCCUCAUGAGCGCUGGGAUUCUGGGGGUGCCCCCUUCCUCCAGUGCCAUCACCAGCACCCAGACCUCUACAGCCAGCAUGGUGCAGAACCAGGGAGAGGUGGACCAGAUGUACCCUGCGCUGCCCCCCUAUUCCACCUGCAGUGACCUCUACCCGGAGCCAGUGUCCUUUCACGACCCCCAAAGCAACCCAGGGCUCACCUAUUCCCCCCAGGAUUACCAAGCAGCCAAGCCAGCCUUGGACAGUAACCUCUUCCCCAUGAUCCCAGACUAUAACCUCUAUCACCACCCCAACGAGAUGGGCACGCUCACUGAACACAAACCCUUCCAGAGUUUGGAUCCCAUUCGGGUCAACCCUCCCCCCAUCACCCCGCUGGAGACCAUCAAAGCCUUCAAGGACAAACAGAUCCACCCCAGCUUCAGCAGCCUCCAGCAGCAGCCCCUCACCCUCAAGCCCAUCCGGCCCAGGAAGUACCCCAACCGGCCCAGCAAAACCCCGCUCCACGAGCGACCCCACGCGUGCCCGGCCGAGGGCUGCGACCGGCGCUUCUCCAGAUCCGACGAGCUCACGAGGCACCUGAGGAUCCACACGGGCCACAAGCCCUUCCAGUGCCGCAUCUGCAUGAGGAGCUUCAGCCGCAGCGACCACCUUACCACCCACAUCCGCACCCACACGGGCGAGAAGCCCUUCGCCUGCGAGUUCUGCGGGCGCAAGUUUGCGCGCAGCGACGAGCGCAAGAGACACGCCAAGAUCCAUCUGAAGCAGAAGGAGAAGAAGGCCGAGAAGGGCUCCUCUUCCUCCUCCUCCUCCCCGCCCGUGUCCUUGGCCCCGGUGGUCACCACCUGCGCAUGA